CAAACAGGAGCGAGGCGCUGUCAGAGACGGUCAGCGAAACUUCAACGUAUUAAACCCUAACUUGUGAAACAGCUGUCCGGUCCACACUCACUUUGUUUGGCGGGAGUUAAACAUACAUGACGGGUUUCUGGGGUCUCUGAAAGUUCACUUACCUGCGUGGACUUUAGUGACGGAAAAGCUGACUAAAAGAAGCAGAUCGAUCUUACCUUCCUCCCUUGUCUCAGCUGCCAGGAAGCUCCAGAGAGGCCAAAAGAAGCCAAGCACGAAAACCCCAAAGACAACCAUAAAAGCUGUCAGUAUACAGUAUGAAAACUCAGUAAGUGAACGCAGUUACACAGCCUCUCAAUGAAUGAAGGAGACACGCGGUGCAGAUUACGUUUAAAGCUACGUCGCCUACGUCAUCACGCCCACAAUGACGCGGCACAUUUUCUCUCCAUUGGUCAUGGGAGCUUGUUUCCAUGGUUACUUACUGAGUAUUCUUCAUACAAUAAUAAACUCAAUUAAACAAUAAGGACAUUAUUUAAGUUAAUGUGCUUUCUUGAAUUCUAUUUUACUACAAUAAUACAUAAAAAAAACAUGAGAAAUAAUUUAUAUUACGAAACGUUUGUUAAAUUCUUCCAUCCAUCCAUCUUCUCCCGCUUCUCCGUCAGGGUCGCGGAGGUAACAGCUCCAGCAGAGAGCCCCAAACUUUCCUUUCCCUGGCCACAUCAACCAGCUCUGACUGGGGGAUUUCAAGGCGCUCCCAGGCCAGUGAAGAGAUAUAAUCCCUCCACCUGGUCCUAGGUCUACCGCUCGGUCUCUUCCCAGCUGGACUUGCCUGGAACACCUCCCUAGGGAGGCGCCCAGGUGGCAUCCUCACUAGGUGCCCGAACCACCUCAACUGGCUCCUUUCAACGCGAAGGAGCAGCGGUUCUACUCCGACUCCCUCCCGGAUGACUGAACUUCUCACCUUAUCCCUAAGGGAGAUGCCAGCCACCCUGCGGAGAAAUCCCAUUUCGGCCGCUUGUAUCCGCGAUCUUGUUCUUUCGGUCAUGACCCAUCCUUCAUGACCAUAGGAUGAACUCGUGGCUCUGCUGUCAUAUUUCACACGUAUGAGGUGUGAGGAGCAGAAGCAGGAAGCUGAUGCCUCUGAUCGGAGUCAGUCAGCAUGGAGCUCACCACGAUGUGCACGGUGCUCGCCUCUCUGAGAGUCCUCCCCAACAAAUCCCAGUUCUUUAAGUACCACUCUGUCUCUUUUAGCUGUGGGGGAAACUCUUCUGAGUGGAAAGUGAAGAGGAACACAUCUAAACAGACCAAUGAAGAGUGUUCAAAUUCCUCAGACAGAAUCUAUGCCUACCACUUUGUGAUUGAGGACACUUACCCCUCAGAUACUGGGGUUUACUGGUGUGAGUCUGUGGCAGGAAGCUGCAGCAACGCCGUCAACAUCUCUGUGAACGCUGGCCCUGUGAUCCUGGAGAGUCCUGCUCUUCCUGUGACGGAGGGGGAACCUGUGACUCUGAGCUGCAGAAACCAGACCUCCAUCCUCUCAGCGGAUUUCUAUAAAGAUGGCCGCCUCAUCAGGAGCAGCUCUACAGGAAACAUCACCAUCCACAGCGUUUCUAAAUCUGAUGAAGGACUCUACAGGUGUAACGUCUCUGACGGAGGACAGUCACCGGACAGCUGGCUGACUGUCAGAGCAGCGCGUCCGGAGUCGCCUGCCCAACCCCUAGUUCUGGUUGUACUUCCUGUGUUGGGCGCCUGCCUAGUGCUGAGCUCUCUGACGCUGCUCGGCCUCUGGAGGAACCACAAAGAUGAAGCAGAUGUCGAUUACACUGAUGUCACCAUCACACAGGAAGGGCUGCCAGUCAGGAUCAGAGAUGCUGACACCUCAUCGACCUACUCUACAGUGAGACCCUGACACAGCUGACAGGAAACCACAGCAAAACAACUGUAUAGACAUUUUGUAAAACAAACAACUUCUUUUUUAUGACAAAUAUAUUUUACCUGUA